AUGACAGCGUCUGAAACUAAGGAGAUGAGGAGACAUUUAGCGCUAGAGCAUGUACAGACUAUGACAGCGCAUCCAAUCAAAGAAACUCCAUGUAGUACUUCAACGUCAGAAGUAUCGAUUUCUUCGAAACCAGAAGUAUCUAUAUCAAAAGAAUCUACAGUACCCAAUAAUCCAUCAAGAGGAGUGGAUGCAACUGCAAUUACCAGACCAAAUAAUCCAGAAACAUCUACAACUCCAGAAUCAAAAGGGUCGGAAACAACUACAUGUACAAAUUCAAAAUCAGAAACACCAACUGGAGAAUCACAAGCAACUGCAACUACCAAAUCAAGUAAUCCAAAAGCAUCGACAACAGGAGAAUCAAACGGAUCAGGAGAAACUACAACUCCAGAACCAACGCCGGAAAUAACUCCAAGUCCAAACUCAAAAGAAUCAACAACAAAUAAUCCGGAAGUACCUACACCUCCAGCUCCACCGAAGGUAUCAACAACUGGAGAAUCCAAAGCAUCAGAAAUAACUACAGGUAAGACGACUGGAUCAGGAGAGACUACAGUUACCACAAUUAAAUCAGGUAAGCCAAAUGGACCAGAAGAGACUACAGUUACCACAAUUGAAUCAGGUAAGUCGACUGGAUCAGGAGAAACUACAGUUACCAGAACAAAUAAUCCGGAAACUCUUGGAUCAGGAGAAACUACAGUUCAGACAAUUACUAGUACAAUUAAGGCGUCGACAACUGGAUCAGGAGGAACUACAGUAACUACGACAAAUAAUCCGGAAACUCUUGGAUCAGGAGAAACUACGGUUCAGACAAUCACUAGUACAAUUAAGGCGUCGACAACUGGAUCAGGAGGAACUACAGUAACUACGACAAAUAAUCCGGAA